AUUCACCCAUUGUUUUUAUUUGCUGAAAUGCUCAAUACAACUCGCAAUAGCAACAACGCUCGCUUGAUUCCUCUGGCAGCAGUUUGCCUAAGUCCUAACUUCAGGCACUACUUUUCCCGGCAUUUAAAGACUCCGGUAUGUGACAUAUUCGUUCCUACUACACAAUCUCUGUGAUCUAAUGCUGCUUUAACAACAUAGUAGCAAGGAAAAGCUAACGGCAUAUAAGAAAGAGACCAGCGGGAUGGCAACCUUCACCAGCAAUGUUCUCCAAAUGGCAAGCCGCCGCUCUUCGGGGGGUGGUCGAUGCUCACAUCCCAAGCUUUCACCAACGGUAGAAAUACUCGACCCGGAAGGCGACAUGUUGCUUAUCGUUGGAAAGCAAAUCUGCACAGAUAGAGCUUGCAACAGCGCAGGAAAUGAAGCAUCGAAUGCGAUCUGCUUCCACGUCAACUCCAUCAUCGUAGCAGGCGCCUCGCCCGCCUUGGGAUUUGCUCUGUACAGCCCUAGCGCAGUGGCUACGCCAGGCAACAGUAUCGAAUGGGUAGCGAGGCUGCCGGACGACGAUCCGCAGGCCAUGCACAUUAUCAUGAAUAUCCUCUUCGGCGACCUCCCCAUCACCCCCGACGAGCACGUGAACAUCGAGCAGCUCCUCAACCUCGCUAUUCUCGCCGACAAGUACGAUCUGACGCAUCAUCUCACCUAUUGGUCUGCUCAAUGGGUGCAAGACAUGGAGCCCUACUGGGUUGGGCGAAAGUUUGUCGAUACAUCGACCGAAGACUUAGAGUCACUACUCUGGAUCUUCUGGGUUCUCGGCCACGAGCCGCUAUACACCUACAUGAUACUGCAGAUAGCCUUUCACAGCGCACUCGACGCCGCUGGGAAACUCACCGAUCCAACCGGACAGCUCUGUUUCACGAGCGAAUCCCGAGAGGUCCCAGUACCCCCAUACGCGCCCAUCGAAAUCGGCCACGCGCGCAUCGAAGUGUUGAAGAUGAUCCGCAAGGACAUCAAAGACACGCUCGAGGAACAUCUGCACGGCAGGGGGGGGAGCGUCUGGCUCCGCUGCAGACGAAUGGACGGCGCAGACGACGGGGCCUGGCGCCAGAGCAUUCUCGUGGCGUUUGUGCAGAUGCUCGAGGCUGAGGGGGUCUGGCCGCUGCCAUGCGCGUACCAGCUCACCGCGAGCCCACGAAGCCUGGUAGAGAUAUUCCGCGCCAACCCCAGCAUCUCUGCCUUCAAGCACCACCACGACGGCCAGUUCUGCGAGCCCGACGGCACCUUCUGGGAGCGCAUCGAGAGGCUCCUUCGCGAGGCCCGCUUCACUCUUCCGGCGCAGUCGGCGAUCCAUCUCAGCGAGCAGGCUGUCAAGUCCGGCCUUGCGAGCCACUUCAGGUCAAGGGUGCUUGCUAUAGGUCCAGAUAAAGGACAUUGGAAUGUGCGGGAGAUUCUGGAGUUUCAGGAAGCCGUCGCCGCUGGCGGACCUGUUCCCCCUGCCUGGCCGCCGGCACGGUCAUGAUGGAGUCAAAUCAUUGGGUUUUGUGGACUGGUAAGAGGCGGGUUCUGCCAACAGCUGUUGAAAGAAGGGAGUUGAGAUGUUGGGAUAAUUAACCGAUAGGUCGGGAGGCGGCCAUGACUGAGCCUCGGGCACGUGGUCCCUGAUUGGGAAAACCCCAGGCCUGUGGAAGUAGGUACAGUAAGAAGAAUGAUGGCAAU